AUGACCAAGUUGGAUUCGAGAUUGGACAGAACGGAGGAACUUAGGACGAUUAAAAUAAUAGCCGAUGCCAACGAUGAGCUCAAAGGCCAAGUAAAUACCCUCAAAGACUCCAUAAAAAACUUGCAGAGCCAGUUAGAAAUAUCCGAAGUUCAAACCAAAAGCAAACAAGAUAUUUUAAAGGUGAAAGAGGAGCUCAUCAAAAGCCAGCAAGAACAAAUCUACGACCUUAGGACUCAAAUUAAAGCGAUUGAGAAAACAAAAUCCGAACUAUCUAGUCAGCUUUCGGAAUGUCGGAAAACUGAUGACAAUUUACCUGACUCUUGUCCCAAUGGCAGUCCCAAUGGGAUUUACCGAAUAAAGCUUCCGGGUCUUAAACCCUUUGAAGCGCCAUGUGCGACGUCUCCACCUGGUUAUACUGUAAUUCAGAGACGCAUUGACGGUUCCGAGAACUUUCGUCGAACCUGGGAGGAAUAUAAAUCUGGAUUUGGGAAUGUCAGUGGAGAAUUCUUCAUCGGGCUGGAAAAAUUGCAUCGGAUGACUGAGUCACGACCCCACGAACUCUACAUUAAACUUGGAACGGUUGAUGGAUCCACCAGUUACGCUCAAUACGAUGACUUUAUGAUUGGGAGUGAGAAGGAAUUGUACGAGUUGAAGAAUCUAGGGAAAUAUUCUGGUGAAGCCGGAGACUCCCUUUCAGCCAGUAAGAACCGAAAGUUCUCCACAAUUGAUCGGGACAAUGACAUUGGUUUCAAUUGUGCCUUUGCAUAUGGUGCAUGGUGGUACAAAAACUGUGGACCUUGUGCGCUAAAUGGAGAAUACUUCAAAGAUGGCGAUGGUUCGAAUGGAAUUACUUGGUUUUCAUGGCAUAAAACUUGGUCUGUAUCACUUACCUUUGUCGAAAUGAUGAUAAGGCCCAAGUCCUUAUAA